AUGAGGCAUCUGCGGGUCUGCCGCUGGUUCCUCAGCACGGUUUUCGUGCUCCCAGGAAGACAGUGGAACAAGAGGACACAGGUUGACUCAACUGUGUUACCGGUACAAACAAAGCAGAGAUAUGCAGGAUAUUGUCCCAAAUAUCCACAUCAAACUGGGAAGACCUUUGGCAAAACCACAUUGGAUCUACUGGCUUCUCAUGCCAAUGAAGGAUCACACUCUCUUCUGGCACCUAUAAAUGCGCCUCAGUACUACAGUGAUGAUGAGAACUGCAUACCCUAUUCACCGGGUGUAUCAGACCAGAUCUUUGGAGAAAAGCUCAUUCCUGGCUACACCGGAUAUGUUCCUCAGAGGAUGUACAAGUUUGGGAAUAGCUACAAUAAGGAGUCUCUUGAUUGUGGAAUGGAAUUAUUGAAGAAUAAAGUGGAUUACCAGAGAAAAAAGAAUGAACCGAUACUCCUCACCUAUAGAGAUGGCGGAACAAGGCUGGCAACCUCUGGUGAGAACAGGCCAUUGAAAGCAGUGGCUUCAAAAGUUGAUCCAGUGAGUUGGACUCAUCUGUACAAGCACAAGCAUCUCUUUACCACACAACCUCCUGAAUUACAGAGGAGAGGGAUUGCAGGUUACACAGGAUUUGUUCCUGAAAUAUCAAAGAUUUACUCGCAUCCUUAUUCUGAACGUGUGAAACAAGCCAUGGAUACGUUCCAGCAUAAGCAGUAUUUUUCAAGGAACAAAAUCAAAUCUUGCCCAAAGCCUUUUGUCUCCCAAGUUGAUAAUGAGAUUUACCACAAAGCAGGAAUGGUCCCUCAUUAUGGAGGUCAUAUGCCAGAAAAAUUUUCAAUGCAUAAUGCUGAUGAGAAAUUUCCUCUGGGCGUGAGGUCAUAA